AUGGACGGGCCCUGGGCAUCACAGGACCACUACCGGCCUCCCAACGACGAGACGAAGGAGGACUUCCUCAACCGAUUAGCUUACUCAAAGAGCUACUCGGAGAGGUGGCUCUCCCUACGGCGUCAAUCACAAGAGAAUGGCUUCCGGUCAAAGGACCGGGAGCAGCCCGAGUUCCACCCGCAGACAGGGAGAGGCCCGCUGGUGGAGCGAAACAGGGCCGGCCUUCCAAUCGGCGACUUUUUGUACGAGUUUGGUCGGGGCAAAGCAACCUCGGUCACUGCGCAGGUGCCACAGGACCCCGACCAGUCGCCAGCUCCCAAAAUGGGUGAUAACUCAAGACAGCUCUUCGAGGAGACAAAGAGACGGUCUUACCGGCAUCUCUUCGACAGCUUGACAGCGAAGGAUCCCGAGGCAAUGAAGCCCUGCAGCUGA